CCCGAAAGUUGCAUUGCAAUUUGCAACCCAUGUUUUGCUCCGGGAAAAUGUCAAAGAUUUCCAUUCAACUUUUAUUUUGAUUGUAUUUUCCUUGAAACACUGAUGCUCGUCAACGUAAAGAGGUAUGCACUGAAGGGCCCGCGCUUUGAAGAAGACAUUUGGACCUGAAAAUGGUUGGGAAUAACAAAAGAUACGGAAAAGGAGCAAGGUUUUUGACUUUCUGAUCUAAUGUUUACUUCCUUUUGGGUUGACUCACGGCAUUUUAUAUGUGGUAGCGAGUACACGAACAUCGUCGUUUUUGAGAUUUGAAGUUGUAGUUUAGUAUUUAUCAAGCGCUGAUGAGGCCAUGCCACUCAUCGAUGGAGGGAGUGAUAUAAAUUUAUCAAAAUGGCUAGGAGUGUUCGUGGUUGCUUUGAAGAAGGUCAGUUAUGACAUGUUGACUAAUCAAGCAAACCUUUCCUCGAGAGUUUAUUAUUGUUCAGCAUGAUUAGCUGUUAAAUAUUAAGUAAACUGCAAAUUGCCCUGCUGCAGAAUGGCCUUAUAAGCCUGAAAUUCCAGAAAAUCUAGUGUAUUCCAACACUUUCUAAAUGCUAAUGUAGCAAAUUUAUGUAGCAAAUUUAUGUAGCAAACUUCUCACUUCCUUUCCUCUUUACAUAAAUUUUGCCCGAAUAUUUUCAUAGGACAUUAGAAUGACAUUAUAAAGUUAAUGUGAUUGACAGCAUUCAGGCUAUUUGCUGGGCCAAAUAUAUAAUAAAUAGCGGUUAGGUUUUGUGUAGCUUUGUGUCAUAUGUACAGCAGAGCAUUUGCAAUUUAACUUUUGUUUAUUAUGCAAAUAACAUGACAUCAUGCCAUAUAACCAUGACAUCAUGUCGGUAGAGGGCAUUGGAUCAGAUUGAGAUGAGGCAGAUAAGCUUGUUAAACAGUUAAGCUGCAAUAUAUGCUAUACAUCAUCUAUCAUGAAUGGUGUUAACUACUAGGAUGUCUGAAGGAGGGAUGCAAGUUUGCUUCCAAUUUCUUGCAUGAGGAAGGUGUGAAUGUUUCCUGGAAUUAAUCAUUAAUACAUAACGCUUUCCCCUUGACAAGUCAGUGCAUUUGAGUGCAUUGCAGCUUACAGCAGUUUACAGGUAAAACUAUGUGUUCACAUGGUUUUAACACUUCAUUUAGUGUUCCUCUUUGGAAUUCCCAACUUGAUUGCAAUUUUUCUCAUUACCUUUGCAAAUUUGAAAUACUUCCUUGCAAAUACCUUGAGGGAAUUUGCAAUGUUCCUAAAAGCCGAUUAAAUUUGCCUCCAUUCCUGUUAGAAGUUAUUAACUUCCUGUUGCAAGUUCCUAACUUCCUGUUCUGUACUAUGGGUUGUAUAAAUUGGCUAACAAAUAGUUAGCCCCCCCAACAUAAAAAUUGUUUUGCUGGCCCACUGGUCCAAUCUAUAUAAACCGAGACAUCUUUUGCUUCUGUUUGCUCAUUCUGUUCCAUGUUAACUAAUAUUCCAACUAAUAAUAUUAACUCAUUGAGCUGCAAUGCGCCCCAGUGCGCCCUAUUUAUUUUUUUACUUGUCUAAGCCAGACGAUUUUACUUGUCUAACGCCAGACGAUUUUACUUGUCAAUGGGGAAGCGCUGCAGCUUAAUGGCAGGUUAACCAAAAAAUCUGACAAUGUCUCUGGUUAACCCAUUGAGCUGCAAUGCACCCAAGUGCCCCCUACUUAUUUUUUUACUUGUCUAACGUCUGACGAUUUUACUUGUCAAUGGGGAAGCUCUGCAGCUUAAUGGCAGGUUAACCAAAAAAUCUGACAAUGUCGCUGGUUAACCCAUUGAGCUGCAAUGCACCCAAGUGCCCCCUACUUAUUUUUUUACUUGUCUAACGUCUGACGAUUUUACUUGUCAAUGGGGAAGCUCUGCAGCUUAAUGGGUUAAUAAGUAUUUAUUGCUUCAUAUAGUGUUAUUUUAUAAUUGUUAAGGGUGGUAUGUAUGGGACUUAUCAUCUCGUUUGCAUCUUCCUUUUUGAGCCAUUGGAUAGUUUAUGUUCGUGUUAUACUGUGGUGCAAUAAAGUUAUUAAAAUGAAAGUUAAAGACUUCUUAAUUUAGGUUGCAAAAGAAGUCCAGCCUGAACUUGACACUAAAAAGGAGGCAAUUGAAUAUGUUGAAAAAUUGAUCAUACAACUCCUGGGCCAUUUGUGCAUAGUACAUCCACAUAGUUACAAAGACGUAGAGGAACGAGUGAAGAAGACAUUUCCAAAGCCAAUUGACCAAUGGUGCAUAGAGGAGGGACAACAAGCUGUGGGAAAGGGCAAGAAAAAAAAUCCUCUGGUUUUACCAGUUGAUAAAAUACAUCCACUACUACAAAAGGUAAUACUUUGGAUUGCACAAAUGAUCAGUUUAACCCUUCAAGUGGCUUGCCAUAAUGCCAAAUUAUUUUAUUCAUCAAGGGGAAUAUUAGACUUUACUGUUUUAUGUUAUUACACUUUUAGCCCAAUGGCAGGCCUGUAAAUUAGUGCUGGUCAUCGGACAUUGUCCAGCCAAAUUUUAUGGCUGGUCAAAUCUCCAAUCUCAAAAAAUUGUUUAUUUAACACAUUUUUUACUAAUGAAACCAACAAGAAAGCAAUAUAGACAGCACUUCUCCACUAUUUUGUGCUGCAUUAGUCCGUAAGAUUUAAUUCUAGAUCUACAUCACCUUAAUUAAAAUCAUAGUCCAUUAAAGUAUUCCUGGAUAUAGAUACAAUUUAUCUUGUUAUUUCAUAGGAAGUUUUAGGUUAUAAAAUUGAUUAUCCAGUGUCUUUAUACAUUGUGGCAGUGCUUGAAUAUAUUUCUGCAGACAUACUGAAGGUAUAAACAAACUCAAAGAUUUUGUUUGUUAUGAAAUUAUGUUUAUUAAAAAUAGUCACAUCUUUCUAAAACUGUGUUUCAUAUUCUUCCUGUAGCUUGCAGGGAAUUAUGUUCAAAAUAUCCGAGACAAAGUUAUCACUGAACAACACAUCAAGGUUGCCUUGUGUGCAGAUAAAGUGAGUAUUAUCAUCAUUACAAUGAUCAUUAAUAAUUGAUUAUCAUAAUCAGUCACCAUUCAUUAGAAUCAAUAAUCUUUCAUCGUUUAUCAUUAAUUAAAUUAAUGACUACCGUAAUUGAUAAUCAUCAAAUAAUCAUCAUCAUUAUCUUGAUCAUCAUAAUCAAUCGUUAUCAUCAAUGUCAAUCAUAAUCAAUCAUUAAUUAUGAACAUUGUCAAUCAUCAAUAAUAAUCAAUAAUAGUCAGUCAUCAUAAUCAAUAAACAUCAAUCAUUAUCAUAAUCAUAAUCAUUGACAAUCAUCAUAACCAAUCAUCAUUAAUUAUGAAUGGCAAUUGAUCAUCAAUUAUUAUCAGCAUUGAUUAGUAAAUGAUCAUGAUAACAAUAAUCAAUGAUUUUAACCAAUUAUCAUCAUCAGUCCUUAACCUUUAUUAAUCAUAAUAGUUAAUUAUCAAUCUUUUAUCAUCAGCAAUCUUCAUAAGUUAAUAAUCAUAAAUCAUCAUUAGUAUUAGUCAAAAAUCAUGAACCAUAAUAUCAUCAGUCAUUAUCAAUAGUAAUCAAUUACUCAUAAUAAUUGAUCCAUCACUGUCAUUAAUGAUCAGUGUCAAUCAUCAUCGCUCAAUCAUCUUAUAUGACUUGCCGACUUGGCCGGUGCAUAAAAGUCAAUUCUUGUACUCUGACUACUCUCACUAAUGUACAAUAGUGUAUUUUACCCCGUUGUUGUUCACUUAUUUGAUUUAUACUUCUGUAAGCUUGAUCAGACAUUUUUCUUUUGAUAGGUGUUACUGGAAAUGUUCGAAAGCGACGACCUUGAAACUUCGGCAGAAGAUGAAGUAUGUUUUGGAAUUAUAUUUGCUUACAGUUCUAUAACCUCUUAAACUUUUUAUGAAAAAAUCAUCAAAUGGGGAAUAAAUUGAUUAACCAUUAAUAACACACAACACUCUCCCCUUAACAAGUAAAAUCAUCUGUUGUUAGACAGAGUAAAUUGGGACGUUGCAGCUUAAUGGAUUAACAAGAGACAUUGGCAAAUAGUUUGGUUAACCAAUUAAUGCACAACACUCUCCCCUCGAUGAGUAAAAUUGUCUGGUGUUAGACAGAGUAAAAUAAUAAAAUGGGGUACAUUAUGUGGGUUAACGUUGAGACAGCCAUACUGUAACUUCGUUUUAGCCACUGGAAGAAAGACCAAUCACACAUCAAGAUAUUGUCAAAGAGAUGAUGGUUCUGGAACGUCAAUAUAUACGAAUUUUGAAUAUGAUCAUUUUGGUAAGGGAUGUUGGUCAAAUGUCGUACAGUGUAAUAGGAAUGUUUGGUAUACCGAUAUACCGAAACUGAUAUCCAGUAUUGAAACCAAUAUCGGUUUAUCGGUAUGAAUUUUUCAAUGUUCGGUAUACCGUAUCAACUUUACACACCAUGCAAUUAUGGCAAAAUCAUCAAUUUUCGGUAAUUUAAAAGGCGAAAACCCGGUAUACACACUAUACCGUUUAUAUCGGUAUAAUUUUUCCGAUACCGGAAAAUUCUCAUACCGAACAUUUUUACAGUGUAUUGAAUCUCUAGUUCAAUGGGAAUAGUUUUAAAUUUGGAAGCACAAAAAAUACAAAAUGUGUUGAAAAAGAAUCUUUUUCUGUUGUUUAGGUUUUUAGACAAUCUUUUGUUGAAGCAACAGAUCAGCUUUUUACCGAGGAGGUAAGACUAUGGUUUGUCUGAACUAAGGAAAUUAAGGUAAUAAGGCCCGAUGUACUGUAGAUGGCGAAAUUUUCAUGCGCCAAACCUAAUCAAAUUAAAUACGCGGCACAAAUUUGGAAGCUGAUUUAUAGAUAUCAGACGUUGCGGUUCUCAUGUGCCGAACGCAUUAAGAACAAGAGAUAAUCAGCUGAAAUGCUUCAUUAUCUAUUGUUUUUAAAGCAUUCGGCACAUGAGAAGCGCGACGUUUGAAACAGGCCUUAAGGUCCAUACAGACCGAACGCAAUUUGGCAACGCGACGCGAAUUUUCAAUGACAUUUAUUAACUUCAAUAUUUUUAUAUGUUUUCAAAAUAUUCUGAACCACUUAAGCAAUUUUAGCUAUUUGGUCUGCAUAUCUUGUAAAAUUUUUAUCUGUUGACGGUUUUAUUUGUUUUUAAAAACUGAAAAUUCCCGUUGCCUUAUCGAAUCGCGUUCGGUCUGUAUAUCGGACGCGAUUCGACAACGCGACGCGAUUUUUCGAUUUUCACUGCCCGAUAACUUAAAACUUAACACUGACCGAUACUUUAAAUUUUCCAAAUAUUUGGAAGCGCUAUAGCAUUUUGAGUUAUUUAGUCUAGAGUACAUAUCUUUUAAAAUUUGCUCUCAUUGCGCUGUUUUAUUAACUUUCAAAAACUAAAAAAUCACGUCGCGUUGUCGAAUCGCGUCCGUUGUGAAUGGACCUUGAAUUGUAUCUUGCCAAAAUUGCUAAUACACUUGAUCAUAUGAUAAUGCACAACUACCAAUACCAAGAAAUGUUUAUCAUGGAAAUUUCCCUGCUCAUUCUAAUCUGCGUUUAUCCUAUCGAUGCCUUCUUAAUAACAAAUAUCAAGAACUUAUAGUAUGGUACUGUAGUAUACAGUACUGCAACUAAACGUAGCUUGCUCAGCUAUAAUUCACCAAGAAAAAACUGGAAAAAAAAAUGACAAUAAUAAUUCUAAUAUAAUGGUUUUGUUUGUGGAAACACCACGUAAAUUUAUUACUAUUAUUAAAUUAUUAUUUUAUUUAUUUAUUAUUAAUUUAUUUUUUACGUGGUGUUUCCACAAACACAACCAUUAUAUGUUUUAUCGCCAUGCAAACAUACAAAGAACUUAAUAAUUCUAAUACUGUCAUAAGUUUCUUCCUUAGACUUGGUAAAAUAUUCCUGUAUUGAAUGUGGCAAAAGCCCUGCUUAUUACUUAUUCCGUUUACACUUGCAAUUCUUACUUUUCUCCUUCUGAUGCAUGUGAACGAGUAGAUGAGUUACGAAUGUUCUGAGUUAGAGGUGUGCAUCGGAUAGGAUUGGACGUUUAUAAUCCGACAUUUGGCUAAUGUUUAAAAUCCGAUCCGAAAUUGUCUAAUCCGAAUCCGAUCCGAGUUGUAAUAAAGUUUUCCAAUCCGAUCCGAAGAAUUCUUUAAUAAAAUAAAUUUUUCAUCCACGUUGAAAUGUUUUACCAAAUCAAUAGAAAAACAAGAAAUACAUGUCAAGAAGCUGACAAAGUGACGUCCAAUUGAAGUAUCAAACGAAAAAUGCGGCGACAACCGCGAUAAUGCUUUGAUAAAUGCAUGGAUAAUUAAUUCUUGCAAUAAUACGUGGAUAAUUAAUUCAUUUUAUUUCGAAUAUCGAAGUUCGAUCCGAUCCGACUGCGAAACAACUUUAUCGAUCCGAUCCGAAAUAUAUAUUUUUGUUCCGAAAUCCGAUCGGAUUCGGAUCGGAUUUCUGAGUACAUGUACCCUCAUCUGCACAUUCAUAACUUAUCCACUCGUUCACAUCCAUCAGAAGAAGAAAAUCGCGCCUGAAAUCCCAGCGAAAAUUGCAAGUGUAAACAAGCCUAAAAGGCCUGUUUACACUUGCAAUUUUUGCUGCGAUUUCUAGCGUGAUUUUCUUCUUCUGAUGGAUGUGAACGAGUAGAUGAGUUAUGAAUGUUCUGAGUACUUGUUCCUUCAUCUGAGCAUUUUCACUCGUCCAUUCUUUCACAUCCAUCAGAACAAGAAAUCGCAACAAGAAUUGCAAGUGUAAACGGGCCUUUAGAAAACUCGCAAUGUUUGGUACGAUCUAACUGAAACACUCUUCUGGCGCAUGAAUUAGACGAAAUUUUAAUCAUUGCAGGAAUCAAACUUCAAGUCUAGAGGUGAGAGACCGCCAUAUAUUUUUGGUAACACAUUUAUUUAUUUGCAGGAUAUUCAAGUGAUUUUCACGAAUAUUAUUGAUAUUUAUGAAUUCACGGUGAUGUUUGCUGGUUUGUUGGAAAACGCGAUAGAAAUGGCAGAUCAAGAUCCUAGUAUCGUAGCACCGAUUGGCGAGUGUUUUGAAGACAUGACAGAGGUUUAGUGUUGUUUGAAGUGGCUGGUUGUUGAUUCUUUUACGUUUUAAUGAUCUUAAAAACUGGCGGCCAUCUUGAAAACCUGCCUCUAGUCUAUCCCCUUUGGCCACGACCCAUGCAACAGCUAUGAAGGUCAUAAACAGUUUUGCUAUUCCUAUUCCCCAUUUUCUGACAGACCGUAUCGCUAAACAACCAUAGUGUUAUUCUUUAAAGUUUAAAUUGAUGUUAAAAUAGUUUUUCUAAAGUUUGAACAGUUUCUUUAAAGUUUGUUUAUAACUGCAUUUUUAGGCGCAGGCGUUUGAUUGUUAUGAAACUUAUUUAAAUGCAAGAGUCACACCAACACCAUCGGAUAAACUUUAUAAAAAACUGGGAAUCGUUGGCAGACUGGGCGAACUUAUGACGAGGCCUGAGGUCGCAGGAUAUUUUCAGGUAUUACUUGCAAAGUUUGUGUUUUGAUUUUGUGUGUGCUUACCUGGUACCACCAGCAAACCGUGUCCUAGCUGGUAUUACCAGCAGACUUUCCAAGGUAUUCAAAACCGGAAUGUAUAAAUAAGCCAAUGAACCUAUUCCCUAAUGAACAAAAUUUUGAUCUAGACAAACAUUUCACCACAGCUUGAAAGAGCAUCACAAAAUUAGUAAUAUUCCGAAGUUUCGUUGCAAAAUGUUGUAAAAUGCGGAUAAUAUACAGGUAGCACUGUGAAGUUUGCCGUUUUUCAGUCAUUUUGUAUUACGCAAGGGAAAUUGAUACCUUUUUUCAGAAAGCGGUAUCAAUUUCCCGAAUUCCCGUGCGUAAUACAAAAUGACUGAAAAACGGCAAACUUCGCAGAGCUAUAUUAUCCGCAUUUUACAACAUUUCGCAGCGAAACUUCGGAAUAUUACUAAUUUUGUGAUGCUCUUUCAAACCGUGAUAAAAUGUUUGUCUAGAUCAAAAUUUUGUUCAUUAGGGAAUAGGUUCAUUCGGUGUUUCCAAUGCGCAUUUGAAGUGCUAUUUAUAAUGAUUUAAAAAAUUAGAAUAUGCAUAUCAAACUAUGGCAACAGCAAAAAAUGGCAAAAACAAUUCUUCUAAUUUGCCUAAUUUGAAAGAAUGUUAAGAUUAUUUACAAAUCCUUUUUGCCAAUUCUCCCAAACUAUCUUAAUCACAUUCUCGUCCCCAGAGCCAUUUUCACUCGGCCACUCGUUGAAAAUUAGACUCUGGGUUAGACAACUAAAGGGAGCGAUCAGAUUGGCUUCUCAGAGAACUGCCAUUUCGCAGAAGUUGACAAAUGCUUUCAAGGCCGGCGAGAGGCAACCACAGGCCCCGGGACAAAUUGAUGAACACGGGCCCCCACGAACAUUUUACCGAGAUUUCCUGGCCCUUCUGAGCACUCCGGGCCCCGGGUAUUUUGCCCCCCUUCCUCUCUCCGGCCUUGAAUGCUUUAGUAUUUUUACAAAGUCUUUUGUGUUUUUUGGGACUGAAUUUAUUUUAGUGAUUUCCACAAAACGGCUAGUCUCCAUUAUUAAAUUUACCUGUGGGUGAAUAUACUGUAAGGGAUAUCACGUCAAAUUUUACCAAUCACCACGUCGAAUUUCUUAUAUUCACUUGUGUAAAAAUACUAAUGAUUUAUGUUCAUAUACUUGAUAUGCAUAUUCUAAUUCUUCCAGUCUAACUCUUUCAAUAAACAAUUAUAUGAAAUGUGUUUCAGUCAAAAGGCGCAGAUUUCCACGAUGCAGUGAGAUAUGUGUUACCAAGACUGCUUUUAGAACCAAUUGGACAUUGCCUGCAUUAUAUUGACUUGAUCAAGGUGGGUUAAAAUCAUAGAUACCUUAUAUACACUAGAUAGUGCAUCUAAUUAUUCUGCAAUUCAAAAAUUGAAGCCGUGAUUGCAGACUCAGGAUAUUCCCAUGAAAUGAGAAGAUUCGUACGUUUUCUAUUUCUUAAACACGGAACUUAAACAUUAAGUUUUAAAAACCUAUUCCAAAUACAUUUUUAAACUAUUCAAAUGAUGAAAGUUAUUGUUGUUUUUUAAGCGUUUAUUAGCGAGUGGGAACUACCAACAUGGCCGCCAUCUAUUCAAAUGGGGGUAACCGCUGGAAUAUUCUUGGCUUCAAUUUUACUAAAAGAGAUGCGCUAUCUAGUGUAUAUAAGAUAUCUAUGAUUAAAAUUCGAGAUGUGAUCCACGAUACACGUAUAGCUAAACGAGUUGGUUAUACAGAGUGUCCCCAUGCAAAAAAUGCAAUAGCUACUGUAUGUCCCAGAUUUUUACACACUAACUUAAUUUUUAGUUGCGAAUUUUUACACUACUAUUAUUAAAUUUAGUCAAGUAGAGCAGUGUUAUGUUCUAUUUAAAACACGCGUAGGAGUGUUUUAUCCAUAUUUUAUCAUAUUUAAUAUGCGAGUGCGCAAGCGCGACCAUUUUAGAUAUGAUAAAACACGACUACAAGUGCUUUGAAUAACACCGCGGAAAAACGCCUGCGCAUGCGUCAACCUUACCUGUAAUAGUAUUGCUAACUUGAUGAGAAGCUGUUCCGAACGUUUCCGAAGGCUCAAAAUGGCGGUAAAAAGGAGUGACUUCAUUGUGCGUCUUUACAGCCAGAUUUCGAGCGCAAAAAUAAACAUGUCAUUCUAAAAACUAGGUAUAAAUACAGCCAGAAGGUUCAAGAAAUUGUAUUGUACAAAAACAUGAACUAAAGGUGAUUAUUGACAAAUUUAUCGUCUGAAACAUUUUGUUUAUCAACUAAGCAACGACAAUUUCCGAAUUUUCGUUUGAGAUACAUUUCUUUAAAAAAAACUGUGUCGCCAAAUAUAAAAAAUUUUCGUGUUCACAAUAAUUAAACUUUAGGAUCUAUUCUACAAUUUGAGUGGGUUAAGAAGCUUAACUUUUCGAGAGUUUUCUUAACUUUUUAGUUUGAAUUUUUGUUUUGAAUAAUUUUGCAAAAAAAUUCGAAGUCGUGUCCGUUAAAAUCAACAAUUGUUUACAUGAAUUAUAUUUUAUUCCAUACUUUAAAUGCCAGGACGCUUUCAAUUAAUGUCUAGUCUACCCAUUUGCUAUAUUUUCUCGUUUGUUUUACUAAUUUUUGACCAAUUAGAUAUUGAUAUUCAAAUUCCCCGCCAUAUUUUCAUAAUUUGGUGCAUGCGCAGACGUUUUUCCGCGGUGUUGCUUUGAAUAGCUUCAAACGACAAACACGACUACAAUAGAUGCCGUCUCAUUAGUAUUCUCUAUAUAAAGGAUGGACUUUUAUAUAUAAAUAAUACUAAUGAAGAUGAGUUUUAUUGGGUAUAAAGCCUCUUCACGUGACAUAUUAUGGUUGACAUGAUUUGCCAAUAAGCUUAUGAAUUAUCAAGGAUAUUCAAAGUGUUUGAAUAUUGGUUCAAAACUUUUGUAGACGCUGCAAAAAACCGCGCCGAAUGAUGAGGAGAGGAAAAGUCUAAGUGAGGUAGGAUACAAAUGAAAACUUGAAUUAAUUAUUGUUCUUAUUGUCGAUUUCAUAUUACAAAGUGCGGUUCCCAAGUUUAUUGUCAACUUGCCAAUUACGUUUCCAAAUUCGGAAGUUGGGCGGGAACUUCGCAACGAAGUUCGCAAGUUCAUUUCAAAGUUCGAACUCCGAUUGUAAACAAAUGUUCAUAGUUGGAGUUGAAAUUACUGUAUAAGGCCCUAGUCCUAUGCACAUAUUACUGCAGUAAAAUAUUGGUCCAGUGGUCUCCAAAGACAAAAAAUGCCAACUUCCGAACUUGACAACGUAAUUGGCAAGUUCGCAACGAACUUGAGAACAGCGUGUUGAAAAGUUACCUGAAAUAGACAAUAAAGUCGUUUUAACUUAAACGAUAAGGCAAAAAAAAAUGUGGGUUUCCGGUUUCUUCGUAUAAAAACGUAGGUAGGGUAGGUCGGUUUUAACUUUUUUUUUAACUUUUUUUUUUAAUUUUCCGAACAAGCGGACGCCAUUUUGUUUAGUCAGUGCUUCCACAUCCAAAGAUAAAUUUCCCUAAUAUUGCAUCAAAUUUCAAUUUUCCACAAACUUUUUCCUCUAAGUGGAAACACUUACAAGCAUGAUCCAGUGAGCUCUAUAUAUAUAUCUGGAGUAAGAACUUCAGUCAUUCGGUCAAUGAGAAAAGUGAAGCCAAGUGAAGCCAAGAUGGCGGCCAUUGACGUCCAAUAGCUCUGAAGGUCUUAAACAGUUUUUAUACCAUUUUCCCCAGCUAAUUCCAGUUUUUUCUAAUGGACCGUAUCACUAAUCAAGUUUUCAGUUCAUAAAAUCACAAUAUUAUUCUUUAAAUCGAAGUCAAAAUACGAAAUUUCAACACACUCCUUGCCAAGAUGGCGGAAAUUGAAGGAGCUCUUGGACGUCAGUUCCAGUCCCUUUCUAUUGUUUUUGUAUGCGCGGUUAACACGAAACUGGCUUCACUUUGAGCAACCAAGUUCCUACUCCAGAUAUAUAUGGAGCUCACUGGCAUGAUCCAAUAAAAAAGUUUAUGGUCGGGAUUUCGACGUCCAAAAGCUAGGUAGGGUCGGGAAACCGGAAACCCACAUAUUUUUUUUUUGGCCUAAAUAACUUAUUUUUGCAUAAAAAACUCCAUUGCAUUUAAGCCAGUUCCAGAGUCCUGAGCACCAUUAAUAAUAUGGACACAAAUAAAUGCAUGUUCUUUGAUAUUAUAUUAUGCCUCAGAUUCAAAGUGUCCAAUCAGAAAGCUAAGUUUGUGCCACGUGAGCAUGAAAUUUAUUGAAUUACACCUUACGUCAUUUGACGUAGCGGAUGAUUUCAAUCAUAUCACCCGGGUGAUAUGAUUUGCGUAAACCACGCGCGACGACCACGCAAACAAGAUGGCCGACAAAAUAUACUAAGGAGAGAUAAAUUAUUAAGUUUUAAACUCGGUGCAAAGCCCCUCGGGAAAUUUCAUCACUUCGGGUGAUAUUUCGCCGAAACCCCCUCGCUCCAGGUCUAUAAAUGAUAAGUGUACCACGUUUAUUUUCUUUGUGUAGGCUCUGAGUGUGAUUCAAGGACUUCAGGUGAUUAUAAGUGGAAUAUCAGCAACUGGCACUUUGGGAAGACCACGGAAAUCAGAGUAAGAUUGAUACAUGUGUAAAAUUACAGGGCUUUUACAGUAUAUUAUUCAUCGCCCAAAAUACAGUACAAGGCCUAUUCAAACAUAGCCAUUAGAAUGAUCAUACAAGGACAUUAAUAUAAGCUAAUCCAGCCCAACUACUUGCCUGGAAAACCUUUCCUAAGCUGGCCAAUCCAAGAAACUGGGAUUAACGUGGUCCUGACUCCCUUCCACUCCCCCCCCCCCUUCCUGCCACCCACCUACCCAGCCCUUGCAGAUGGAGGGUGUUCCCAAAUUAAGUAAAUCUGAAAAAUUCCCAAAUUAAGUAAUUUUGUUCGCCAUAGUUGAAAGGGUCACCUCUUGUUUUGUUACCGAAAAAUUUAGUGUUAUUUAUCGCUUUUUUUUUUUCAUUGAUUUAGUGAGAAAUUUUCAAAAGCACAGAGAAGGAAAUCGACAAUAAAACCCUCACUGAGUAAACUACGAGAUUUGCAAAAGAAUAUCGAGGGAUGGGAGGUAAUUUUAAAAUUUUUGAUUUUUUGAAUUUUCGUCAUAGAAAGGAUUCGUAGCGGUCUUUGAAAUCUUUGAAAUCUUUGAAAGUCUUUAAAUUGUAAGGUCUUCGAAAAGUCUUUGAACAAACAAAGAAAGUCUUUAAAGGCCUUCAAAUUCAAAUUAGUAUUUGAUACAUACCAUUCCCUUGUUGAUGUCAAAUAAAGCCCCGUUUACACUACGCACAAUUUUUGAAACGGCACGGAUUUGGUACCCGGUUCUUGGACUACCUAUUUAGGUAGUCCAAGAACCAAAAAAGUGGUACGGUACCAAAAAUCGAGCGUAGUGUAAACGGGGCUUAAAUCGAUUACAUAAGAUUUUUAGAGAGAAAUGGCGCUGUUUCAACAGUUGAUUGCUCUCAAGGUCUUUGAAAACUGAAAAGUCUUUGAAAAUAGGCAGAAGAAUCUUUGAUAUACUACGUGCUGUAGUUGAGGUUUUGGUCAAACUAGCUGAACCCUUAAAAACGAAAAGCCAGUUCCCCAUACCAACUUCCACGGUUUGUUUGCUCGUAGGGCAAGGACAUUUCUCAGUUGUGUACAGAACUUAUAAAAGGUCAGUUUAAAUUUUUGUUCAUAACUUCUUAACAGUGAUGUUUGUGAUGUUACUCUGAGUAUGCAUCCACACCGGGCAAGCUGAAAAGUUUGCUUGGCCACAGUGGGAAUCGAACCCGGGACCUAUACUAGUCCAAUGCUCUGCCAACUAAGCUACGUGGUCAAGUCGGUUCGAGUUGAUGAUAUUUCGGAACUGAGUCUAGUUCCUUCGAUAUCAGUGUAUUCUAUGAUAUGAUUUUUUUGUGUAUGUGUAUGUUGGUGUUAUGUACUCAGGUGAAUGUGAUGUUUGUGAUGUUACUCUGAGUAUAAUAGCACUAUAUAUAACAGUACUGGGAGAAAUCCCUGAGUAUUUUGACUCAACAACGUAAGCCCGGAUCAAGCGGAUGAGAAUUGGUAGUCACGCGAACUUGGUUAGCUGUUCUUAAUGCUUUCAACACUCUCAUGUAUUUGAUUUAAGUUGGAACACUCAUCGAACCUUUAUUUGGUUGAAGGGAUACGGCAAUAUACAGUAUAUAUUUUUAUUUCAUUUGAAAGAACUUUCAAAAUCAUAUGCAAAUCUCCUUUACCGUUUAUUCGCAUCUUGCUUAUAGUUUUUGAAAUAUUUUCACUUAAAAUAAUUAGCUGUCCGCCAUCUUGGAUAAAUUUUUAUCUAAUUAUCCGUGAUUUUAGUGACGUCAAAAGCAUGGCUAGCCAUAUAAAAAUACAUCUAAAUGACCAAAUAACAGUAAAUCUUGUUUGAAAAGUUGUCAGUCACUUUCUUAUUUGAAAUAGUUACCGAAGUAUGAUUUUGGGCUCAUAUCAACCAAUUGCUCUUUGGAUAAAAUACUUGCGUGAUCCUGCUUAUGACGUAACAUGCAUAUCCGCCAAAAUCCAAGAUGGCGGAAUGCUCGCUGAUUUGUGAUUUUCUCUGUCAAAAUACUCCAAAAAUAAUAAAGUUAUAGGCAAGAUCGGUAAAGGAGAUUUACAUAUAAUUUUAAAAGUUCUUCCAAAUAAAUAAUAAAUAAAUAUGUUGCCAUAUCCCUUUGAUCUAGAACUUGAAAUGUCCCCUGUAACAAUGUAUGACUGCCAUCAACUCGCAUUCUCGUUUGCAGCGGUGGAAUAAGUAUCGGACCACGGGACCAUUGGUCCCAGAAAAUUGUUUUAGAUAAUAGGAGAAUUUCAGAGGAAAACCAUGACCUCAGAAAUGCAAUAGGCAAUUCCAGCUUUUAGUUUAUGCCUGCAGGGGAUGAUGGGAAGUAAGGUAUAUUGCCGAUUAUGCUGAAAAAUUUCAAUAAAAACUACCGAAACAACCGAAAUAUUUCAAUAUUUACAAAUAUAAGCUAUCAGUCCGUGUUUACACGCCGGCCACCAUUUUUAUUUUUUCAGCAUAAUCAGCAAUGUGAUACCUUACUUCCCAUCGUCCCCUGUAGGCAUAAACUAAAAGCUGGAAUUGCCUCUUAAUAGUGCGAUAGUCAAGUGAAAUGUCUUGUACUUUUUUAGAUGGAACUCUUUCAAAAACUUCAAAGGGCGGAAGAGUAAGUUACAAGCAGAUUGAGCAUGACAUGCUAUUUUUUUCAGUCAUAACCGCUUCAUUUUAAAGGAGGUAUAAAUUUUUUGGCUUGGAUUAUUAUAUAGGUAUCUGAAAGAAGGGUGUUUCUUCUUGACAACUUGAUGAUAUUUUGUAAGCAGGUGAGUUCUUAAAAGAGGUUUGUUUUUCAACACUACAGCCUGCUGAUAAAUUGUCGUUUUUCCAGGGAUUAUUAUUCCCAAAUUAGCAUGUCAUACUGAGCCGUGAAACGUUUGAAUUGUAGAAUACAAGACAUUCGUCAUCAGGUCCUUUUCCUGAAUAUCGCUUUAAGGAAAAAAUAUUUCUCAGAAAAUCUGAGGUCAAGGAACAAGAAGAUACUGCAGGUAUACUAUAUGAUUGUCAGGGACAUUUCUGUACAGUCAGGUACAGUGGAACCACGUUAUUAGGGGUUUGUCCGUGUUUACGGGUGAGCAUAUGAGCGGGGUAUCUGUAUGUAUGGAAUAUAUGUACAAUAACUUUAUGGUUUCCGUGUUUGGAUGGCCUGAUCCAAACACGCGGGAAUGUUGCGAGAGUUAGGAAAAGCGCGCGAAAUCACAAGCCGAAGGCGGGUGAUUUUGCGCGCUUUUCUUAACUCGAGUGUUUGGAUCAAGCCAUCCAAACACGGAAACCAUAAAGUAAUUGUUUUAUAAAAUAAAAACUUUCCGUGUUAAACUGAUUUCUUUAAAAAACUUUCACUUUAAAUUUCCUUGUUUGGAUGACCAAACACAGGUUUCGACCAAUCAGAGCACGCGUUAUAUACAUGUUAUUUUAUAAUGUAUUGUCUUGGGGUUUGGUCGGGACUAAAAUAAGUUAUCUCUUAUAUGUAAUAAAAAUUUGUGUAGAUUGUGGACUUGUAGUGUGAGGUACAAGAUAGUCAUAUAUAUUAUCAAGGAUAUGGAUCCAGCUACAAUCUUGAAUAAAAACCGUAGAAUGACGGACGUUUUUCUUCUAAUAUAUCACCUCCUCCCCCCCCCCUGUUUUUGUGUAACAGCUGGAAUAGCUGGAAUAGCUGGACAUCUGGCACAACAUUACCGGCACCAGGGGGGGAGUAUAUAGAUUUAUGGGAAAACUAGUGCAAUCGUUCAAUCAUUACACGCCAAGUUAGUAGAUCUGGUAGGUGGUCGAGCUUUGGUCAUGGUUCAGGGUACGACCGUUGAGCAAGGUCACUAGAGGGAGCUACGACAGCAAGAGACUAGUUUGUAGUCUUGCUUGACAAUUUCACAAUCAUGUUACUGUCUCAUUUUGUCGCUAUUUUAUUUUCGUUUUUGUAAUAGGCGAUUCCAGCUUUUAGUUUAGGCAAUUCCAGCUUUUAGUUUAUGGGGGAUGGGGAAGUGAGGUAUCAUAUUGCUGAUUAUGCUGAAAAAUAAAAAUGGUGGCCGUGUAAACAUGGAGUGAUAGCUUAUACUUGUACAUAUAUUGAAAUAUUUCGGUUGUUUCGGCAGUUUUUAUUGAAAAUUUUUCAGCAUAAUCAGCAUUAUGAUGCCUUACUUCCCGUCACCCCCUGCGCGCAUAAAUUAAAAGCUGGAAUUGCCUAUUGCCUUUCCAAAUAGUAGAAUGAAUUUGACAAGGAUAUUGGCAUCUCCCUUGCAAUCCCCUUUGCCAAGGCUAGGAGGACUGCACAAUACCUGCACUGCCCCCCCACCUCCCCUUUACACGCCCAGUAAAUCCAUUCCUGGAUAUUGUAUUAAAAAGACUAUCAGGUGUAUUAUAUUUCUUUUUCCAGAAACCAAACAUGCUGUAGACUUUACGGAUGGAGAAGGCCCUAUCGUUACAAUCAAGUUUAAAACUUAUCAGGAAAAAGAGGAGUGGAUGUCCUCAAUCAUGAGUGUUUAUUUAAAAAGGUAGUUAUUGCCUCGAAACAGAUCGAGGUCGGUUGUACGAAAUUGUCCGUUGAUUAAUCCGUUCGUUUACUUUUUCGUAAAUUUCUCCAAAUUUUAGCUAUAAUUAGUAGUUUUUAAUCAGUGUCACAUAUUUUAGUUCUUUUUCCUUCCUAUCCAAUUCAUGUUUUGCCGACUACGAACAAUUUGCCGACUUGCCGAGAUUCAAUAAUUUGCCGACUACCUGACCACUGAGGGGGUCCACCCCUUUAGCGCCGCCCCUGUAUAAACCAUCGUAGGAAACUACUAGCCAACACAUAAUCCAAGACCAAUGCACUAGCAUCGAAAACACAAAGAGUGCAAUGGAAUAAAACGUAUAGUACAAUUGCACUCGCAAAGAGUGCAAUGGAACGUAUCCCAUUGCACUCUUGGGAAAUGGCAUUUUCUAUUCAAUAUCACGUGACCAUAAACAGCCAGAUAAGAAUUCAAUAAGGUAUUAUAUAAUAUAUGUUAAUUUAUUCUUGUAUAUUUCACUUAGUACCCUGGAUAGAUUACUUGAUAAGAUUCUACGAGAACAUGAACAGGCAACGCCCUUGCGGUUACCAAGUGUCGAAGAAUAUUGGUGAGUCACUGUUACGCAUAGCGAGACAUACCUCUAUUGAUCUAACAGCAGCGUUCGCAGCAGUCUUUGAAAUCCUUCUUUAAAUUUAAAUGUACAGUAGGUCUUUAAGGUAUUUGAAAAGCCUUUGAAUUGUAUGAAAAAAAAGUAAAAGGUCUUUAAAGGGAAAUGGCAUUAUAUUUUUUUUAUUUUCUCGUUUGAAAGAACAUUUAAAACCAUAUAUAAAACUCUUGUACUGUUUUUUCAUAUCUUCCUUCUACAAAUAUUUUAAUCGAAAGAAAUGAAAUUCCCGCCAUCUUGGAUUUUUGUAGAUUUACUUCACUUUUUUUUAUCGAGACAACCACUAAUCAUUUUGCACUCAAAAUUAUACUCUGUAUGCCCUUGGAAAUAUCAAGAUCACUUGAAACCUUUAAAACAUCUACUAAUCAAUAUUUGGUCAGCAACGAAUACGUCUAUAUGGUUAAUCCCUGUUGUGACGUCACCAAAACUACCGUUAAUGAGAUCAAAAAUAUAUCGAAGAUGGCUGCCAUCUCAUUACUUCAAGUGAAAAUAUUUCAAGAACUAAGCAAGAUAUGAAGAAUCGGUAAAAGAAGUUACUGUAUUAAAUAGUUUCAAAAGUUCUUUCAAAUGAGAAAAUAAAAAAAUAUAUUGCCAUCUCCCUUUAAAAUUCUAAAAUUCGUCAGUGAGCAUUGAUGUAUUAUCGAAUACAAGAUGCAUCCUAAGAUCCUAAAAGGAAAGGACUAAUUAUGGAGUAAAAAAGUAACUUACAAUCGCAAUUUUUCGACAAGUGAGUCCUCUCAAAGGGCUUGAAAAAAGUCUUUAAAAAUAGCAGAAAAUUAUUUGCACUUGAAAGUCUUUGAAAAUAGCAGAAAAUCUUUAAAUUUUUGCGAAGUCUUUGAAUUUUUUGCCUUGGGGACUACAAAUAUACUGUAAUAACUAAACAAGUCUCCUGCUCCUUGGCAUUUGCCAAGCAUCACCUUAGGGUGUCCACUCCUAACCUGCGAACAGGCAUGCUCUGGGUAAGAGAUUGAAACAACUGGGGAAAAUGGGAUAUUAUUUUAACACUUCGAUUCGAUCUAAGAUCACUUUUUUUCUUUUCAUUCAUAAAUCUAGUUCGAACUUAUCAUGAUCGGAACUAUGUUUUCUGAAUAUUGACAUUUUGACUUUCAGUUUUGCGGAAGAAGAUCGGGAAGAUAAUAUAGUUUUUGAAGAGAAACAGGUAUGCUCUAUGCUGUUUAAAUACGCCAUAUGAGACCAAAGUCAUAAUCAAAUAAUAUUCAUGACUAAGUCAAAGUCAUAAUUCAAAUCAGCAAACGAAAACAUUCUGUUACGUCUCGAUUCAUUUGAGAAGCCAUAUAAACAACUCGAGCUCGUGUCUCACUGGGAUAUCCAAACACUCGAAAACAAUGUAUGAAAACACUCGCGCUUCGCGCUCGUUGUUCAUAUAUUGCAUCCUAAUAUAUUGCAUCCUGGAUACUAAUAGCUGUUUUGCAAAAUUGAGAACAAUUUCAAAUCUGUUCAGUUCUUUUUAUUCACCCUGUAUAUACUCCAUAUGAGACCAAAGUCGAUACCCCACAUCGUAACUAGGUACUUAUAGUAACAAUUGUUUUCUAGAAUUCCGGAGGUGUUCCUGUGAUAAAAGGAGGAACGUUGGUGAAACUCAUAGAACGACUGACAUAUCAUAAAUAUUCAGGUACCUAAGUAUCCAUUAGGAUUUUGGGCCCCUCACUC